AUGCGGCUGCGCAAGAACUGUUGGCCUACGCCGAUUAACAACAUACGACGACUUACCCAAAGGCGCUUAACUAUCCAGGCCCAUGGCGCAGGCAAAGAAGUCGGACCCGAGGAACUCUUCCGAUACAGCUAUGGCCGGUUCCUUGUCAAUGAAGAGUAUGAACUGGCCAAACGCUAUUCGACCUUCGACAUCAGCGCGCUGUGUCAAAUGGUAUCGUCACUUCCCGCCGUCCGGUCGCCCAUCGUCAAGAUUGAUAAGAGGGAGGGCGGAUAUAACAAAGCCUUGUUGAUGACGGCAGAGAGCGGGCACACUGUCAUCACCAAGCUCCCGUGCCCAAACAUUGUGCCGCGGGAGUACGGCACGGCUUCAGAGGUAGCCGUUCUCAAGUUCGUUAAAUCGCGGUCGCGCAGUCCCGUCUCAGAUGUUCUGGCAUGGAGUGCGGAUCCGUCCAACCCCAUCGGUUCCGAGUACAUUGUCCAGGAAAAGUGCGCUGGGCAGCAGCUAACGGGGGUAUGGGAUCAAGUCAACGAGUCCGACCGGGUCAAAUUGAUUCGGGAUUUUGCACAAUUGGAAAGCAGCCUGGCGAGUAUUGAACUCCCCGGAUAUGGUGCAUUGUUCCUGCGGGAUCAAUUGCCAGCUUCUCUCGAACAACACCCAAGGCCGCUGAUCGAGGUCGAUGACACUUAUUGUCUUGGGCCCAUAUAUCACGGCUCGUGGCCAGGGGGGUUUGCGGCCGACCCGGAAGAAUAUGCUCAGCAUUCUGGUCCAUGGAAGACUUUCCCUGAGCUUGGACGGUCGCUUGCUCAGCAAGGUAUCUGGCAAAUUCAGCAUUACAAGACCUCCUACGCAGGCCGAGGACCACAUCAUGGCACACCAGAGGAACAUAUCCGCAUGCUUGAGCGAGCCAUGGAUGUGAUGUCGAUACUUGCCGAGUCUCACACGUUACAGCGUCACUCGCAGGCCGUUCUGUGCCAUCCUGACUUUCAUCCAGGAAAUAUCUUCGUCUCGAAUGAAGAUCCCACGGUGAUCCAAGGAGUGAUUGACUGGCAAUUUACGAGUGUCAUGCCACGGUUCACCCAGGUGCGGUGGCCACUCUUCCUCAAUCCACCCGAAGGGUAUCAGACAGGAAUGAACAACCCCGAGCUACGACCCGUGUAUGACCGAAAAAAAGACCAGGAGCAAGCAAAGCGACAAGAGCAGGCGAUGCGUACCAAGUGCUACGAGGCAGCCCUGGUGAAGAGUCACCUCGAGUCAUAUCUCACCCUCACGGAAACCGAUGUGUCGAUCCGGCAGCUCUUUAUCGGAUCUCCGUAUACAUACCGUGAUGGCAUCAUCCCCUUGCGCGAAAGUCUGGUGCGACUGUACCAGACCUGGGAUCAACUUGAUCUUCACCAACCAUGUCCAUACCGCUUCACCAACGAGGAGGUCGCGCAACACGAUAAGCAGCUCCAAGAGUACCGAGACUGGCUCAAGCUACGGGAGUAUACCCAUCAGCUUCUGCAUUCCAACGACGGAGGAUGGGUGCCUCCAAAUGUCGACUUUGCGGCCACAAAGGCUAAACAUGAGAAACUGUUUCGACAUUUCGUGGAGUCAAAGAAGGUCAAGAUGUCGGAGGAAGACGCACAGAAGCUGUGGUUCUUUCGAGAGAGGGGCUAG